GAGGCCGCCUCGCCCGCCGCGCGCGCCCGUCCGGCAGCGCACGGGUUAAGGCUGGCACCGCGCCCGGCGGGAGGGGGGGCGCCCACCUCCCCUCCCCCCCGCGCCGGGCAUGCGGGGCCCGCUGGGCACCGAGGAGGAGCUGCCGCGGCUGUUCGCGGACGAGAUGGAGAACGAGGACGAGAUGUCAGAAGAAGAAGAUGGUGGCCUUGAAGGCUUCGAUGACUUUUUCCCUGAGGAGCCCGUGAGCCUUCCCAAGAAGAAGAAGUCCAAGAAGCUCAAGGACAACAGGUCCAAAGGGACGAGGAAGAAGAAAGAGGGGAGCAAUGAUGAGCUGUCGGAAAAUGAAGAGGAUCUGGAAGAGAAGUCGGACAGUGAGGGCAGCGACUACUCCCCAAAUAAAAAGAAGAAGAAAAAACUCAAGGACAAGAAGGAGAAAAAAGCCAAGCGAAAAAAGAAAGAUGAUGAUGAGGACGACAACGAUGACGGAUGCCUCAAGGAGCCCAAGUCCUCGGGGCAGCUCAUGGCCGAGUGGGGCCUGGAUGACGUGGACUACCCGUUCUCGGAGGCCGACUAUCACACGCUGACCAACUACAAAGCCUUCAGCCAGUUCCUCAGGCCACUCAUCGCCAAGAAGAACCCGAAGAUCCCCAUGUCCAAAAUGAUGACCGUCCUGGGCGCCAAGUGGCGAGAGUUCAGUGCCAACAACCCCUUUAAGGGCAGCUCGGCGGCGGCAGCCGCAGCAGCGGUGGCCGCGGCCGUGGAGACGGUCACCAUCGCGCCUCCGCUGGCCAUCAGCCCCCAGCAGGCACCCCAGCCUGUGCCCGUCCGCAAGGCCAAGACCAAGGAGGGCAAGGGGCCUGGAGUGAGGAAGAAGAUCAAAGGCUCCAAGGAUGUGAAGAAAAAGGGCAAAGGGAGAAAGGUGGCCGGGCUCAAGUUCCGCUUCGGAGGGGUUGGCAGCAAGAGGAAGAAAGGCUCCUCGAGUGAGGAGGAGCAGCGGGAGGGGUCGGACUUGGACAGUGCCAGCAUUCACAGCGCCUCCGUGCGCUCGGAGUGUUCUGCCCUGAUGGGGAGGAAGAGCAAGAGGAGGCGCCAGAAGAAGAGAAUUGAUGACGGUGAUGGCUAUGAGACGGACCACCAGGACUACUGUGAGGUGUGCCAGCAGGGUGGGGAGAUCAUCCUGUGCGACACCUGCCCGAGGGCCUACCACCUCGUCUGCCUGGACCCAGAGCUGGAGAAAGCUCCCGAGGGCAAGUGGAGCUGUCCCCACUGUGAGAAGGAGGGGAUCCAGUGGGAGCCGAAGGACGACGACGACGAGGAGGAGGAGGGCGGCUGCGAGGAGGAGGAGGACGACCACAUGGAGUUCUGCCGCGUAUGCAAGGACGGCGGCGAGCUGCUCUGCUGCGACGCCUGCCCCUCCUCCUACCACCUGCACUGCCUCAACCCGCCGCUGCCCGAGAUCCCAAACGGUGAAUGGCUCUGCCCGCGCUGUACUUGUCCCCCGCUGAAGGGCAAAGUCCAGCGGAUCCUGCAUUGGAGGUGGACAGAGCCCCCAGCCCCCUUCAUGGUGGGGCUGCCGGGGUCCGACGUAGAGCCUGGCGUUCCACCACCCAAGCCCCUAGAGGGCAUCCCGGAGAGAGAGUUUUUUGUCAAGUGGGCUGGGCUCUCCUACUGGCACUGCUCCUGGGUGAAGGAGCUGCAGCUGGAGCUCUACCACACGGUGAUGUAUCGCAACUACCAAAGAAAGAACGACAUGGACGAGCCACCGCCCUUUGACUAUGGCUCUGGCGAUGAGGAUGGCAAGAGCGAGAAAAGGAAGAACAAAGACCCCCUCUAUGCCAAGAUGGAGGAGCGCUUCUACCGCUACGGCAUCAAGCCCGAGUGGAUGAUGGUCCACCGCAUCCUGAACCACAGCUUCGACAAAAAGGGGGAUGUGCAUUACCUGAUCAAGUGGAAAGACCUGCCCUACGACCAGUGCACCUGGGAGAUUGACGACAUUGACAUCCCCUACUACGACAACCUGAAGCAGGCCUACUGGGGCCACAGGGAAUUGAUGCUGGGGGAGGACGCCAGGCUGCCCAAGAGGCUGGUCAAGAAGGGCAAGAAGCUGAAGGACGACAAACAGGAGAAGCCCCCGGACACGCCCAUUGUGGAUCCCACGGUCAAGUUUGACAAGCAGCCGUGGUACAUCGACUCCACGGGCGGCACACUGCACCCGUACCAGCUGGAGGGCCUUAACUGGCUGCGCUUUUCCUGGGCCCAGGGCACCGACACCAUCCUGGCCGAUGAGAUGGGUCUGGGCAAGACAGUGCAGACCAUCGUCUUCCUCUACUCCCUGUACAAGGAGGGCCACUCCAAGGGGCCCUACCUGGUCAGUGCGCCCCUGUCCACCAUCAUCAACUGGGAACGUGAGUUUGAGAUGUGGGCGCCCGACUUCUACGUGGUCACCUACACGGGGGACAAGGAGAGCCGCUCUGUGAUCCGGGAGAACGAGUUUUCGUUUGAGGACAAUGCCAUUCGGAGUGGGAAGAAGGUGUUCCGGAUGAAGAAAGAAGUGCAGAUCAAAUUCCAUGUCCUGCUCACCUCCUACGAGCUCAUCACCAUCGACCAGGCCAUCCUGGGCUCCAUCGAGUGGGCCUGCCUCGUGGUGGAUGAGGCCCACCGGCUCAAGAACAACCAGUCCAAGUUCUUUAGGGUCCUGAACAGCUACAAGAUCGAUUACAAGCUGCUGCUGACGGGGACCCCCCUUCAGAACAACCUGGAGGAGCUCUUCCACCUGCUCAAUUUCCUGACUCCAGAGAGGUUCAACAACCUGGAGGGCUUCCUGGAGGAGUUUGCCGACAUCUCCAAGGAAGACCAGAUCAAGAAGCUGCAUGACCUGCUGGGGCCGCACAUGCUAAGGCGGCUCAAGGCUGAUGUAUUCAAGAACAUGCCGGCCAAGACCGAGCUGAUCGUCCGCGUGGAGCUGAGCCAGAUGCAGAAGAAGUACUACAAGUUCAUCCUCACGCGGAACUUCGAGGCGCUGAACUCCAAGGGGGGUGGGAACCAGGUGUCACUGCUCAACAUCAUGAUGGACCUGAAGAAGUGUUGCAACCACCCUUACCUCUUCCCAGUGGCCGCUGUGGAGGCCCCUGUCCUGCCCAAUGGCUCCUAUGAUGGCAGCUCUCUGGUCAAGUCUUCAGGGAAGCUCAUGUUGCUGCAGAAGAUGCUCAAGAAACUUCGGGACGAAGGGCACCGUGUACUUAUCUUCUCCCAGAUGACCAAGAUGCUGGACCUCCUGGAGGACUUCCUGGAGUAUGAGGGCUACAAAUAUGAGCGGAUUGAUGGUGGCAUCACCGGGGGCCUCCGGCAAGAGGCGAUUGACAGAUUCAACGCCCCUGGGGCCCAGCAGUUCUGCUUCCUCCUCUCGACCCGGGCAGGUGGCCUGGGCAUCAACCUGGCCACGGCGGACACGGUCAUCAUCUACGACUCAGACUGGAACCCGCACAAUGACAUCCAGGCCUUCAGCCGCGCCCACCGCAUCGGGCAGAACAAGAAGGUGAUGAUCUACCGCUUCGUGACGCGGGCCUCGGUGGAGGAGCGUAUCACGCAGGUGGCCAAGCGCAAGAUGAUGCUAACCCACCUGGUGGUGCGGCCCGGCCUGGGCUCCAAGUCCGGCUCCAUGACCAAGCAGGAGCUGGACGACAUCCUCAAGUUCGGCACAGAGGAGCUCUUCAAGGACGACGUGGAGGGCAUGAUGUCUCAGGGCCAGAGGCCCGUCACGCCCAUCCCUGAUGUCCAGUCCUCCAAAGGGGGAGCCCUGGCCGCCAGCGCGAAGAAAAAGCACGGCAGCACCCCGCCAGGUGACAGCAAGGACGUGGAGGACAGCAGUGUGAUCCACUAUGAUGAUGCGGCCAUCUCCAAGCUACUGGACCGCAACCAGGACGCCACGGACGACACGGAGCUGCAGAACAUGAACGAAUACCUGAGCUCCUUCAAGGUGGCGCAGUACGUGGUGCGCGAGGAGGACGGCGUGGAGGAGGUGGAGCGGGAGAUCAUCAAGCAGGAGGAGAACGUGGACCCCGACUACUGGGAGAAGCUGCUCCGGCACCACUACGAGCAGCAGCAGGAGGACCUGGCCCGCAACCUGGGCAAAGGCAAGCGCGUCCGCAAGCAGGUCAACUACAACGACGCCUCCCAGGAGGACCAGGAGUGGCAGGACGAGCUCUCAGACAACCAGUCCGAAUACUCCAUUGGAUCCGAGGAUGAGGACGAGGACUUUGAAGAAAGGCCGGAAGGGCAGAGUGGACGGCGACAAUCCAGGAGGCAGCUGAAGAGCGACAGGGACAAGCCCCUGCCCCCGCUUCUCGCCCGGGUUGGCGGCAACAUUGAGGUGCUGGGCUUCAACGCCCGACAGCGGAAGGCCUUUUUGAACGCCAUCAUGCGCUGGGGCAUGCCCCCCCAGGACGCCUUCAACUCCCACUGGCUGGUGCGGGACCUUCGCGGGAAGAGUGAGAAGGAGUUUAGAGCCUAUGUGUCCCUCUUCAUGCGGCACCUGUGUGAGCCGGGGGCUGACGGCGCGGAGACCUUCGCAGACGGCGUGCCCCGCGAGGGCCUCUCCAGGCAGCACGUGCUCACGCGCAUCGGGGUCAUGUCACUAGUUAGGAAGAAGGUUCAGGAGUUUGAGCACGUCAAUGGGAAGUACAGCACCCCGGAUUUGCUCCCUGAGGGGCCCGAGGGCAAGAAGCCAGGCGAGGUCAUCUCCUCGGAUCCCAACACACCAGUGCCCGCCAGCCCUGCCCACCUUCUGCCUGCCCCGCUGGGCCUGCCAGACAAAAUGGAAGCCCAGCUGGGCUACUUGGAAGAGAAGGAGCUGGGGGCGCAGAAGCCAAAGAAGCCCCCAGAAAUCCAGGCCCUGCCAACUGCCCUGGACAGAGCGGAGGGUGAGGACAAGCACGAGAGCUCGGAUGGCAAGGAGAGGGCCCGAGAGGAUCGACCGGAGGAGAUGGAGAAGGCCCAGCCCUCCCCAGAGCAGCUGCUGAAAGAAGAAGUGCUUGCUGAGAAGGAGAAGAUUCUGGACAAGUUGGAGCUGAGCUUGACUCACAGCAGAGGCGAUGGCAGUGAUUUCAGGCCAGAUGACACCAAAGCCGAGGAGAAGGAGCCCAUUGAAACACAGCAAAAUGGUGACAAAGAGGAAGAUGAGGAGGGGAAGAGGGAGGACAAGAUCGGGAAGUUCAAGUUCAUGUUCAACAUUGCAGACGGGGGCUUCACAGAGCUACACACACUGUGGCAGAACGAGGAACGUGCUGCUGUGUCCUCGGGGAAAAUCUACGACAUCUGGCACCGGCGCCAUGACUACUGGCUGCUGGCGGGCAUCGUGACGCACGGCUAUGCCCGUUGGCAGGACAUCCAGAACGACCCGAGAUACAUGAUCCUCAACGAGCCCUUCAAGUCCGAGAUCCACAAGGGCAACUACCUGGAGAUGAAGAACAAGUUCCUGGCGCGCAGGUUCAAGCUGCUGGAGCAGGCGCUGGUCAUCGAGGAGCAACUCCGGAGGGCCGCGUACCUCAACAUGACCCAGGACCCCAACCACCCCGCCAUGGCCCUCAAUGCCCGCCUGGCCGAGGUGGAGUGCCUUGCCGAGAGCCACCAGCACCUGUCCAAGGAGUCCCUCGCCGGGAACAAGCCUGCCAAUGCCGUCCUGCACAAGGUCCUGAACCAGCUGGAGGAGCUGCUGAGCGACAUGAAGGCGGAUGUGACGCGCCUGCCCUCCAUGCUGUCCCGCAUCCCCCCGGUGGCUGCCCGUCUCCAGAUGUCAGAGCGCAGCAUCCUGAGCCGCCUGACCAACCGAGCCGGGGACCCCACCAUUCAGCAGGGCGCUUUCGGCUCUUCCCAGAUGUACAGCAACAGCUUUGGGCCCAACUUCCGGGGCCCUGGACCGGGAGGGAUUGUCAACUACAACCAGAUGCCCCUGGGGCCCUAUGUGACCGAUAUCUAGCCGUCCCCGAGAUUUCCCUCUGCUGCCGGGCUCGUUUCCAGUGGAGCCGCGCCUGCCGGGCCCCCUGCCCGACCCCCGCAGGAGAGAAAAGCUGCCACCUUUCUAGAGCCACGCCACCCGAGGACAGAAGGGGAAACGGAGAAAUGCCACCUCGUGGGGACAAGGCCGCCUGAGCCCAGAAGCGCCACCCGGGACGCACCCCUCGGCCACCUCUGCCAGGAUGGCUUCCUAGAGGAGAUUUCAUUUCUUUGUACAUCUUUUGCACUUUCCUGUUGAAGACUUGAACAAGUCUGUCUUGAUAAAAGUUGAGUGACGUGUGGAGGAGUCUGACUUGCAGCACAUAUGUCUCUCUCUGCCGACGGGUUCCAGACCUGAAGGGAAGCUCCUGGGAGCCCAGAGGCCGCCCACGGACUCGGCCCGGCUGAGGAGGGCGAGCUGCCCGCUCUGGGUGCCCUCAGUCUGCCCCCAUCCCCCAAUCCCGUCUGCACCGUGCUCCAGCCCCUUGCCCGUGAGGCCCCCCGGUGCCAGGUGGGUCAGGACCGGGGAACUGGCCGGCCUGAGGAUAGAGACCUGGCUGACGCCCAGGUCAGGCCAGGCUGCUUCCUGCAAGGCUGGAGACCACCAAGUAUGUGCUGUCUCCGUGGGACAGGUGUCUGUCCCUGGCCCAGCCUGUCUCACAGGCCCUGGACUCUGUCGUCACCAGCGGAGGGUCUGUGGCCCUUGCCCUGAGUGGCAGGUCACCUGUUCCCCGGAGGGGAGGGGAGGGCAGAGCCUGCAGGUGUUGGCCUGGGGGCUGCCGGAGCCUUUGUCUCAGGCCUCCAUGGGAAGGGGCGUGCCCUCCCUCUAGCGGGGUGUGGCUAGCGUUCCAGCGGGGAGGGUCACAGCAGCGCUGAGGGGGGCCCAGGAGCCCCUGGUCCUGCCCUGUGCCCUGGGAGGCCGGUCAGCCCCACCUCCAGGUACACACACACUCCCUGUGCCAUCUCCUGGCCGCAGAUGUGGAGAAACCAGACCACACGCUGGAGCCUGGACUUAUCCCUCCCUCUCCUCUUGUCCCUGGAGAGGCCUUGAUCUGGGCAUUUGCCAUCUGGGGUGGGCCACGACUGCCCUCGCUGUGUUCUCGGAAGGCUUGGGGAAAGCUUGGAGGCAGGGGACUGGCCCCAGUGGCCUCUGCAGUCUUCCCAGCUGGAGCACCCCCAGCUUCCUGCCUUGUUUCCUGCCAGUAACGCCCCACUGGAAUCCUGACCCUCCUUCAGGCAGCUGGUGGUGCGCUGUGAUGGCCCCAGUUUGGAGGAAGGGAGGGACGGGGCCAGGGCCUGGGCCUGUCUGUGUCUCAUGUUCCCUCUGGCCCAGCCUGGAAGGGAAUUCUGAGCCUUGAGCAGGGAGGGGCCUUCCUGGCGUGGAGCCCUGGGUGCAGAAUCCCGUCUGAGAGAGACAAGCUGGACCUGGGCGUGGAGGCACCAGGGGGGUUCUGUUCCCUGGCCAGGACUGGGGCGAGGAUUUGGGGAUGUCUUGGGGACACAGGGCCACUGGCCAGCCCUCCCAGAGCCCAGAUGUCCUCAACUGUAAAUGGCUCUCCCUGAACCCCUAGAGGGCUGGACCCCCAAGGCCCCUGCCAUCUCCAGGCUGGCCAACCCUGGCACUGCGGGUGGGAGGAUUGGGGGUGGGGGCACAGAUGUCCAGGACACACGUGACAGCCGCUGACCCCGCCUCCCGGAAGGGUGGGGUCAUUCCUGUCCCCUAUGGUUUGUCCAGCGCCAUGUGUACACACGUGGUCCUCUGACCCGUCCCCCCCGCAGAGGUUCCGGCUCAGGUCAUGGGCAGCGUGACCGCCAGGAGCCCCCGACACGGGGCCCUGUGACUCCGCCCUCUCAAGCAGGCAGUCAGCCUGCCAGACUGGCUGGCCUGGUGGGGAACACAGUGGAUGCGUCCUGAAUGUCAGGUCAGGGGGCACAUGGUAGAGGACGGGGGUCUGUGUUGUCCCCACUGCCUCACUCCAAGGGCAGGGGGUCCUUCCCCUGCCAGCCCUUGCUCCCCAGCAAGCUUCCCUCUGCCCUUCUGUUUUUGCUCCUUCCCAGGCCUCUGCCCUUUUCCUCUACCAGCCAGAGCCAGGCGCCCACGGAUGGCCUGGGCCCCGGCACUGCCUGGUCCAGGAAGGGCUCAGCUCUCCAAGACCAGCACCUGGGAGGCCUGGGAGGGGGGCUGCGGACAGCUGGGGAGUGGGUUUCUGGCUGACUGGUUUUGGAGAGGAAAAAGGAUCUUAGGAAUGUUUUCUUCUUGGUUUAUCCAGUUAUCGCCUGCCGAAAGUCGUCGUGGUGGGAAGGGGGCGUUGGCCAUCAGUCUUCGGCAUCUUCAGGCUGGGUUUGGUUUUUGCCGCGGGCAGGAGAGUCGUCCUGUGCAAGCGGAAGCCGAAAGUGCCAGCCCGCGCUUCCGUUUCCAGCCAUCUUAUCAUUUAGACCAGUGCUGAGUAGGCUUUCUGUUGAUCCAUCUUGGGGCCACAGUCUCGGAAGGCGUAGCUGGCUGGGCUCCUGGGUGACCAGGGGAGUUUGGGCUGGACUGACUGUGUCCGGGGGUCCCCUUGCACACGCCCACCACGGAAGCACAUCCUGAGACCCCCUGUGCAAGGGGGCCCUCCCUGCAAGCCGCCUUCAGAAGCUCCUUUGUUUUCUGCAAGUGAUGACCAUGGUCCUGUUCUGCUGGUACCACGACCCGUGCAGCCACCUGCCCUCCUGCUGGUUGGGAGUCCCUUCCCAGGGUCCUCUGGGGACUCCCUGGGCCAGGUCUGAGUCUUGCCCCAGGGACACCUGUAGCCCUUGCUGCCAGGUGUUGGGUCCCAGGAAUGCUGAGGGCCUGAGGGGAUCGUGUAGCGGGUAGGCUCGGGGACCUCCGGAGUGUGCCCAGAGUGGGGUGGCAGGAAGGAGCUUAGCUGGGAGGCGGGGGCUGAGGUCUUGGCCCGGCCAUGGUCCAGGGUCCCCCCUCCGUACCUGCAGCUGUCCUGUGCCGACCACUAUCUCUGUCGAGGAAGCUGGCUCUCGCCCCAUUUUAUAUUUCUGGAAGUUUACAGUUGUGGUGCAUCAGCCCAAAGUCAUUGGCUUGUGUUUUGGGAUUUUUUUCUUAGUUUCCAGAUUUUUUUUAAACAAAGUAUUUUUUUAGGUGCGAUAACCCAGAAAGGGCCCGUUGGGUGUGUGUGUGUCCUGAACCCCUGAUACUGAGCUGGGAGCCUGAGCCUCCCAUGGCUCCUCUGUGCCUGGGGUUGAGGGCAGGGGCCCACCCCCCUGCCCGGGCAUCGGUGCGUGGGAGGUCGAGGGAGCAGACGCCUGCACCCAGGCUGGCAUCUGGCCCAGCUGAGAGGGGCCGGCCCCUUGCCUGGUAGAGCCCUCAGCUGGUGAAGGGGCCGGGGCGCUGGGGCGAGUCGGGACGGUCCCAGCCAGGCAGCCGGAGCUGGAGGCUGAGCCCCUGUGUGUAGUCACCUGUCCGGUCCUCGGGAGGAUGUGUAGGAGGCUCGACAAAGACUGUAACCGACCCGGUUCCCUUUACUUUGUACUCUGUGUAUGUCUUGGUUUUCUGUGUUUUAAUAAAUCCUUUGGGAAAGGAUUGGAUCAAA